UGACGUAACGCGGAGCCCCGCCUCUUCCGUGCCGGCAGAUUCAUUGCAAUAGGGACUGGGACCGUCGCCCGCAGCCGCUGGCUGAGAGGUGGGCGCGUGAAGGUCGCCCGCCUUGAGAGAGAGAGAGAGAGAGAGUCUCUCCCGUCGCUUAACGGUUGGGCUCGAGCCUGAGGGGGCGCCGUUGACGUCGAGUCCUUGUGUCGGAGGGUCCUGUUUCUUCUGCCCCUCCGAUCUCCCGCUGGCCCGCUUGGGUUCUCGGGAGGCGAUGAAGCACUUGCCGUAUUUCUGCCGCGGCGAGGUGGUGCGGGGCUUCGGCCGAGGCUCCAAGGAGCUGGGCAUCCCCACAGCUAACUUUUCUGAGGAAGUGGUUGAUAGUUUCCCAUCUGAUAUUUCUACUGGCAUAUACUAUGGAUGGGCUUCUGUUGCAAAUGGGGAUGUGCAUAAAAUGGUCCUGAGUAUAGGCUGGAAUCCAUAUUACAAGAAUGUUAAGAAAUCUGUGGAAACGCAUAUCAUUCACACCUUCAAGGAAGACUUUUAUGGAGAAAUUCUUAGUAUAAUCAUCGUUGGAUACAUAAGACCGGAAAAAAACUUUGAUUCCUUAGAUGCACUUAUAGCAGCUAUUCGAGGUGACAUUGAAGAAGCUGAAACCGCUCUAGACUUGCCAGAACAUCAGAAAUUAAAAGAGGACAACUUCUUUCAGAUGACUAAUGUUAGCAGUAUGGCUAAUGGGCACUGAGUGGUGCUCCUUUCUUCAUCAUUGCUGUAAUUAAGUUGCACUAAUGUUUCAGUGGCUGACCUUCUUUAGAAAAAAGUGGUCUAACCAAUUUUCCUGUGGUUUAGUAUUUUCCUUCCAUUAACAUCGGAUUAGAAUGGUUAGCCAAAAGGGCUCUAAAAUAAUGUUACUCACUUUUCAGAAAUCAACAUUAUGUAACUGGGCAUCUUAGAAGUAAAAACUUUGCCACACAUGAUGUAGUUAUGUGCAAACAUACUUUACUGCUGGCUUAUUGAAGGGCAAAUGAAAGCCACUUCCCUGAAUGUGGAGAAUAGAAGUAACUUUUGACAUAUUUCUAUCGAUAGGAUGUUUGAUUAAUCUUCAUUUUAUGAUAUUUAAUCAUUAAACAAUCAUGGUAAAAUUCUAUGGAGAAGUAGUUGUGGCAAGAACUUGUGCUAUUAUCCUUUACAGCAAAGCUGUUCCCUUUUUUAAUACCUAGUUCUUAGGUAUGAACAAUAAAUAAAAGUUUGCUGGAUUCAUACAAAAUUAGUUACUUUUAAUCCCAUUAAAAUAGAAUUCAGGUUACUCAUAGGUAAUUUUGUACCAUUGGUUUCAGUGGUAUUAAAGAAUGACUGACUUUCCCAGAUUUUUAAAAUUAUUAAUACAAAGUGCCAAUUUCACUUGCUUCUAAUAAAGGUUGCAUAAGCCCAGGUUCAAGAGAGGCAUUUGAUCUCAGAGUUGAACAACAAAAUAUUUUAAACGAAACAUAUGCUUGCUUUGGUUAUUAUGUGAUAAAAUAUUGUCCAGUCUUUGUUUUCUCCAAAUGUACUUAGAGGAACAUGGCUGUUGCAGUAUGUAUUCUAAUCUGAUGAGUUUAACCCACUUGGAAGAUGUCCUGGCCUAUUUUUGCUGCUGUUGUACUUACCUCUUGGUGGAACAUGAUGUGUAUACACAAGCACUGGUUAUCUACUGUGCCUGAUUAUAUAUUAGGUUAUGUCUUCUUGUGGUAUCUCUGUAUAUGCACGAUUUUCUUGUUCCAGGCAAAACUUCUUUUAGUUUUAAACAAAAACUAUUUGGUACCAAAUUGUGUGUUUAAUGCUGGUUAUAUGUAAAGUUUCUCCUUUUUUAGCAUACAUGUUUAGUUCAGAAUAUAAAUUAUGUAUUCCAGUUGAUUUAAUGGAUCAGUUUGUUAGAGCUUUAAUAUUAAAUAAGACCAAAAGUCUUACAAGACUGCUUAAGAAAACAGUGGACUGGAUGAUGAAAUGCAUCCAUAUUUGAGAGAUGCCAUUAAAUGUUGUGCAUUUAACUUAAUCUUGUUUAGUCUGUAGAAAAAAAGGGACACAUUCUAGGCAUGCAUUAUUUCUGAAUGUAAUUGAAUUUGUAGCACCAUUAAUUCACAUAGUUCAACAAUAUAAAGUGGCCAAAAUUCUGUUGCACAACAUAGGUAAAUUUGUAAGUUUUUGUCUGUUCCUUGCCAGUAAAUAAAGAACCCUGCCAUGAUUCUGACAAUUGUGAUGAGGGACCUUUUAUUUAAUGACGAGGAUUGGAUCAAAACGUAUGACUUUGCUUAUGUUAUACAACAAGAUUUUGGCCAGUUAGUCUUGAAGUUGCUGGUGUACAAAUGGCUUCAUAAAGUAUACAUGCUGCUGGAGACAAUACUUUUCCAGAGUGUCAGUGUGCCAGUAAUGAAAUGAGCUUGUCACUAUGAUCCCAUCCCACCAUAAAAAUUCACUGUCCGUAGCUGUGGGAAUGAAAGCUGCAUGUGUCCUGAGGAUUUCUCCCUUGUGCUGCUGACUUGCAAGAAAAUCUAGGCCCCCCUGUUCUUUCAUUGUCAAUAUGAGAAACGCAUCCAUAUUUGAUGGAUGCCAUUAAACAUAAAUACCAGAUUACUAUUAUUUCUGUGUUAACAUUGCCUAUAUUCUUCCCCUCAUCCAUUUUUCCAAAACAGCACUUUUGAUUAGCUCAUUUGGACUUGUCACUGACUCUUGUGCACCAGAGAAUAUAUAUGACUCAUAACACAUAGGCAGCAGACCUGUAGCAGCAUGUUUAAUAUGGUUAGCACCAAGGCUUAGUACCAGAAAAAAAAAAUCAACCUGUGGUGUGGAGGAGGACUAGUAAGUGGUAAACUUUCCCAUAGCAUGCCAGAUUUUGAGACGGCAAAUGUUCGUUUGUGUUAUGUGUUUAUUUAAAUUUAAUAAUUUUAUAAAGUUCCGAACUUAGCUGUAGAGUUCAGUGCUCUAUAUGAAAAAAUAUCCUGACUCAGGGAGGAAUUCAUGUCACGCUUAAUGGAGAAGUGGAGCAUUUGCUAGUGGGUUUGUGGAAUUCCACCUUGUUACAUAAAUGUUAGCUGUUGAGAGUGAGGAUUCUCUCUUAUUGGCAUCAUAAUAUAAAAAUAAUAUUGAGUAUCUAGGAUAUGUUAUUUCUAGUGUGUAUUUUCCAAUUGUGUUGUCUUGUUUUAGAAUGUGCCUUCCAAUAAUUCUGUUGAGUUCUGAGCAUGAGUUUAAGCAUCGUUGCAUAUGUGGUUGUGAUAGAGAACUUUGAAAACAACACUAAAGUAUGAGCCAGAAAUGAAGUUUAUUGAUUAAUAAGUAUGUUAGUGUACGAAAUCAAAUGCAUAUUUAUUUAAUUCUGUAUCUUUAUAUACUUGUACUUCAAGUAAAUGAUUCAUUUUGAAAUUAUCACUGUAAAUUUAUUAAGGGGGUCUAUUUUUGUACCUGUUUUAUAUUCAUUCCCCAAUGCACUGUAUCAUUAGAUAUGAGAAGUGGUAUAGAACUUGGGCAGAACAACUAAUAAAGUUGUGUAUGUAUAUUCAUUUUUAUCUUACUUUAUAUGAUAGAGAGAAAACAGAUUAACUCCUAUAGUCUGUAUCCCUUACUUGAUUAUAAUAAAAGGUUAAUUUUACAUCCA